UGACUUUGUAUCUAUCACGUCAUAUUGAAGCGGCAACUUCAUUCUUCCUAAAAAAAAACGAAAUCCCUAUUCAUCCCUAAAGGAGAUCUUCAUUUCAGCAUCAGAUCGAUCUAGCGUAACAUCUCUCAUCGCGGACGUAGUCUCAGCAUCGAUCGACCAUGCUGUUGAAGCUUCUCAACUCUCAUUAAAGAGUUCUCCAGGUUCUCGCAAAUCAACUAUCCGUAAAGAGUUCUCCUGGGAGCAAGUAGUAUCUCAUUUGUUUUAAGGGAUAUGGCUAAGCGAAAGAAGAAAUUGCGAAUUGAAUGACUACUAGUGAGGGAGAUAUUGCAAGGGAGAAGGAACAUUUUCAAGCUGAUUCCUGUAGCUUAAAUAUGAGAACUUUUAAUGGAUCUUGGAAUGAAAAUUCAGAAGGAAGAGUCUAUGAGUACACUAUACAAGACUCUCAUGGUAAUCGAAGGCGUGGAAAAACUGUUCUAGCUGAAGUGUGGAAUCUGUCUGAUGGGAAUCACAUUGUUGUUGACAUCAAUAAAGAGAACCAACCCAUUGGAGAUGAAGGGGGGUUAUUAGGCUCUUUUUGUGGGACAAUUGCGAGAAAUGGAAAAGUUUGCUCCUUAAGUUAUACAAGAUGGGAUCAUUUCAAAAAAGGCAGCAACCGGAACAACCAAACGAUCAUAUUAAAAGAAGUUCAGGAUCGGUUCCUUUAUCCCAAAUCACUUGAGAAAUGGAUAUUGAAAUCUAUUGGGCAUAAAUGGAGGCCGGACUAGUGGACUACAAAUGCUUCUUGAAAGGAAAGUGGUAUGAUGAUGAUAAAAAUAUUACUACAGUGCAUGAUAAUUACCCUGAAGAUGUGGAAAAGGAUCAAUGGAUUAGCCUAGUCAAUUUUUGGAGGUCAGAUGAAGGAAAGAAGAGAAGCAAAUCCAGUAAAGAGUCACAUAAGAAAGCUAAGGUGAAGCCUAUCUCUACGACUGGUACUAAAAGUCAUGCUCGUGUUCGUGAAGAGAUAGUAUUAAGUCUCAUUCAAAGGACGUUAUGAGUUAUUGUACAUAACGAUAAUUCAGAUGAAUCAGAUUCAGAAGAAUAUUUUCAGAUCAUGCUUUGGAAGUACAAGUUUGAUUUUGGAAGUACAAAUGGAGGGAUUUAGAGUUGAUUUGGGUUGAUGGAAUACAAUACUCAGUAUUAGAUACUUUGAUACAAGUUUAAUUUUUGAAUUAACCACUACAAGAACAUUUUUUGUUAUGAUGGUAUUGUGGCACUUUGAUGUGGUGGAAGAGUUUGAAUUAUAUUUUAAAAGUUUGUUUACAAUUACGAUCUUUAGUAUUGUUUUAAGUUUUAUAUAACAUAUUAUAAAAGUAACAGGAAUUAAUUACA